UUUUCCGUGCUAUCAAGGUGCAGGACCUCAAGCAUUGUGAACUUGGUACAGAAAAAUGACGCAUCUAGAUCUGUGUUUGGUUUAAGGACUUACUGAACUGGAGAUUUUUUUUUCAUGGAAAAAAAGUCGGGUUUUGCAAGUGACGAGUAACCACAUGUUUGGACAGUUAAUGGAGUUGUAUAAUGGAAACAGCUUACAUUGGCUACGAUUGUAGGUCAAUGGAAAUAAUGCCUUGAACUUGAAAUCGAUCUCCAACUUUCCCCCUUAAUCAAUGGAUUUAUAAAACUUGGACACCGCCUUUUGAAUACGGACUUAACAAGUAUUUGAAAGAACCAUGGGCUUGCAGUUGUUAAAAUUAUUUUGUCUGCUAGUUUGUUGUGAACUUUCGAUUGCUCUUGCACAUAGGCACAACAGAAGCAACUUUAAUUAUAAAAAUAAUGAACACGGUCACACAUAUAAUGCGGGCAGGCCUAACAUUGAAAGCCAAAUUUUGUUUUUUGCUGACAAGAAAGUAUCUAAUAAUGUAGACAACGAUAAUGUACAAUCUAGAGAUAUUCCGUCAUUUAAUGUGGCUGUGGUGGGAAAUGCCAGUUUUAGGUCCAAAAAUGACCAACUGAAUGUCACAGGUGUCAAAAGGGACAUUAGUCGUCAACCAGUUAUGCUAAAGGGAAAAAAACAUCAUCCAAGUGCUGUGGGUAGAUAUGGCAUGUCUACACAUACCAGUCUGUCGUCGAGACAUAUAUAUGGUGGAGGACACUUGAAAGAGCCUAAUCUGUAUCAUCGACAGAAAAGAGGCGCUAAGAACGACCAGGACGGGAUAAAUCUAAGUGAGCGCACCAAAACCAGCAUGCAUCCUGAGCCAUUAGAGGGCUUACUUGAUGUUACGAAGUUGGAAUCACUUCCGAAGCCGUUAGCCCAGAAGCAGUCUACUGAGUUUCCAAUUGAUUUUACCACAAAUGGUGGUUCGUUCAUUUCACCCGAGGGUGACUAUGAAGAUAGCACUCCAUUCAUCCCCUUUAACACUCGGUCAAGAGCUCCCCAGGUUAAAAACCCAUUUUUUCCGGUUACAAAUGAAACAUACGGUGCAUAUGCGGUCAUGUUUAUUUCUGUAAUCAUUUUCACAGUGGGGAUAAUCGGAAAUAUAGCAAUCAUGUGCAUAGUGUGCCACAAUUACUAUAUGCGAAGCAUCUCAAAUUCCCUGCUUGCCAACCUGGCCCUGUGGGAUUUUAUCAUCAUCUUUUUUUGCUUGCCAUUGGUGAUAUUCCAUGAGCUCACGAAGGAUUGGCUGCUUGGAGAAUUUUCCUGUAAAAUCAUACCCUACAUUGAGGUGGCUUCCUUAGGUGUAACUACCUUCACGCUUUGCGCCUUGUGCAUUGAUCGCUUCCGUGCCGCCUCCAACGUCCAGAUGUACUAUGAGAUGAUCGAGAACUGUGCCUCUACCACUGCCAAGCUCACCAUCAUCUGGAUGGGUGCUCUGCUGCUGGCACUGCCUGAGCUGCUCAUCCACCAGUUGGUGAAGGAAGGGCACGAGCUGGCCGAGGUGAAGCCGUGGGAGCGCUGUGUGGUGAGCAUCUCCACCACGCUCCCUGACUCCCUCUAUGUGCUGGGCCUCACCUACAAUGGUGCCCGUCUCUGGUGGUUCUUUGGUUGUUACUUCUGCCUUCCAACCAUCUUCACCAUCAUUAGUUCAGUGGUGACAGCACGGAAGAUCCGGCAGAUGGAGAGGAACAGCGUGCGGGGCCACCGUAAGCAGAUCCAGCUGGAGAGCCAGAUGAACUGCACAGUGGUGGCGCUGGCCAUUGUCUACGGCUUCUGUGCCAUCCCAGACAAUGUCUGCAACAUCAUGUCAGUGUACAUGGGUGCGGCUGUGCCGCGCAGCGUCCUAGAUGUCCUGCACCUGGUCAGCCAGAUGCUGCUAUUCUGUAAGUGCGCAGUGACUCCAGUGCUCCUGCUGGCCCUAUGCCGGCCCUUUGGCAGAGCUUUCCUGGACUGCUGCUGCUGCUGCUGGGAAGAGUGUGGCCCAAAGUCCUCAGCUGCCACCAGCGAUGACAAUGAGCACGAGGGCACCACCGAGCUGGAGCUCUCGCCGUUCAGCACCAUGCGCAGGGAAACGUCUACCUAGGGGGACUGCUAGGGGCCCCACACACUGCUGUGGGGACAUACUGCUAGGGGACCCACACACUGUCGUGGGGACACACUGCUAGGGGACCCACACAUAAUGUGAUAUGCUGCCUGGUUAUAAAUAACCUGGCUAGCAACAUAUAGAAUAUAUAUUAACAACCUGGCUAGCAACCUAUAGAAUAUAUCUUAUAAGAGCAUGGACAAAGAGCCAUGCUUUUAUUAUAGGACAGAUGGUCUUACAGCUAUAAUUGCAUUUUGGUGUUUACAGGACAAUACUCCAAGCAUUAAAUGUAGUUAAAAUUGAGUUUAUAGUGAUUGUGAUUAAAUUUCCAUUUGUGUUUUGCACAUUUGUCUUACACCUUCCGAUGCAUUUUUAUUUCUUAGUUAUAUAUUGAAUUGAAUGUUUACAUCUUUAAUUUCUUUAAAACCAUAGUACCUUGUAGUAUCUGUAAGUCUCAUGGAAAAUACUGGAUUAGAUAUUGAAUAUAUUGUGGCAAAACAGAUGGAGAUUCAUAUUAAGCAGUUAAAAGUACUGCUCCUUUCCUAUGUGUAUUAUAUUCUCUUUGUAGAAAAAUAAAACUGUAUCAUAUACUUUA